AUGAAUUUCAUCUCCCUGCUUUUUAAUGAUACAACGCCCAAAACAAUCAGUGGGCCAUCUCACAAAUUGGGAAAGAUAAUCUCCCAGGAUAUUCACCAAAUCAAGGUGAAAAUCAAACUUUACAACGAAUCCACCGGCACCAGUCCUCUUUACCGUCACAUGUACGAACUUCUCGACAAGGACCAUGCCAGACAGAUUUCUUUAUUGCAGAAACGCCACAACUAUAACGUCGCAGCAUCAAAUACUGCUUACCACGACCAGCUUGUCGCGUUGAAAAGGGUCCAUGCCAACGAACUAUUAGGGUUCUUGGACGUGAUGACCAAUAAUUAUACUCUGGGUCAAGUGCGUAAGGUUUUCGCACCCACUACCAGUUCAGACAUUUCCAAUAUUGAUAAGCAAUCAACACGGACUUCUUUUUCUAGUUCUGCCCUGUCUUCUAUUGACGAUAAUGCUCCCUACUAUAUGUUGGAUCCUAUCAGUCUUGAUAUUUUGAAUGAUCCCGUUAUAACUCCCAGUGGCAUCACUUACGAGAAAGCUACAUUGAUUGAAUGUAUGCAAAAGAACGGGAAUAAGGACCCCAUCACCAAAAAACCUUUGACUACAGCUGAAUUGGCUCCCAACUUGGCUAUCAAAGAUGUUGUCCGGGAUUUUCUCGAGGAUGCACAUCAUAGAGAACUGGAUUUAUAG